UAAAGAGUUCCAGUAGCAGCAGUAAUAGUUCCAGCAGCAGCAGUUAAAUUACCAGCAGCAAACAUCAACAGUUCCAGCAUCAACACCUGUAGUUACAGCAGCAGUUCUAAGGCAGGUGUUAAGUGAAUUCCUUAUCGAGUCAGGUGUAAAUCAGUGCAGAAAUGUCGCAAUCCGAUAACGUGGCACGUGAGCAAACUGCGGCAAAUCCGAUGCCCGAGGCAUGUCAAGGUUGCCGCGGCCAAUUGCCACGCUCCACGCCCGUGGAAGUGGAGGACAUGGCCACGACCCCUUCGAUAGAGAAACUCAUCCGGAAGGCCACCAUGGCCCAGAAAAUGCUGAGCGAUGUGAUGCAGCAACUCCAGAAGCAGCAGGAAUCUCAGGUGUCGCACAAGGAAACCAAAUCCAAGGCGCUGCGAAGCUCUGAAGGAGGUAAAAGACGGCACAGGGGACGCAAACAUGGUCAUCACAGUAGCUCCUCUUCCAGCUCCAUUCCCCAUAGUGACUGCGAGUUGACCGCCGAGCAGGAGCCGGAGAUCUCGCAUAGGAGGAGGCAUGUCCGCGAGGAUCGUAAGCGUGAUCGUUCCCGAUCCCGUGGCCGUUCCCGUGGUCAUUCUCGUGGCCGUUCCCAUGGGCGUUCUCGUUCCAGGUCCUACACCGAUUCCCGACGAUCCCGAGCCCUGCCCCUGGCUCUGCCCGUUCGGAUUUCCGUGUGAGUAUCCUGGCUUCAAUCAGUAUUAUCCUUUAUCAUUAUUAACUUUUAAGUGAGCACAUAAA